AACAGGUGGGCAUGCUGUAUUAGCAUCAAACAUCUAGUUGAGUCGUGGAAUGACCGUUGAGGUUAUCUCAGCUCCUCCAGGUUGCUGUUCGGACGUGCUGUUUAACGGAAACCAUCUUCAAAACAUCAGCAAUGCAAAUGAUAGGGUAAGUGGAGUGGUACUGUAUAUAGACCCGAAAAUAGCCUUACCAGAACUGGUCAGUCUGGAAUGGGGAUACAUUGAUUCACUGCCGGAAUCCAACCUACUUAUGACGACGAUCUCUGGACAUCGUGCAAUCGCACUUCAUCCAACAACCCUCGCAAUCUGACCACUCCAACCUCUCUAUACUCUAGCGACUACGGUUAUCAUGCCGGCUCAGUAUUGUACAGAGGCCACUUUACUGCUAACGGAGAAGAGGAAUCGUGAUACCUAUCUACGCAGGGAGGCUACGCAUACGGCCAUUCUGUCUGGCUCAAUUCCACCUACCUCAGGUCCUGGCAAGGGAACCCGGUCAUCCAGAAUUACAACCAAACACUUCAAUUCCCACAGAGUCUACAGAGAGACGAGCAUUACAUUUUGACCGUCUUGGUGGAUAAUCUUGGGUUAGGCCUCAACUUUGAAUUGAAUACCAACACCAUGCAAUCGCCGCGCGGCCUCCUCGGUUAUGAUCUAUCCGGCCAUGAC